AGGAGAUAAUUGAGGACUUCCACAGUUGCUUUGAAGUCCACAGAUGAGGAAGACGCAGGCUGAGCUUCACUGAUGUGCAAGGAAGUUGCACCAACCAAGCUCACAUGUCCACUAAAGGAGAAGAGCAUGAUCCAGUGGAAGCAAACAGAAAGCAACAGAAAUUUGGGGCUCGAUUGUGGUCGUAAGUCGAGGACUACCUGUGGUGCAAGAUUGGAAGAUUCCAGAGAGACCCGGUCCCGUAAAAUCCCCAAAAGUCAGACAUGACUGAAUGGAUAACGUCAUCAUCGUCAUCAAUUCUUGAAUGAUUAAUGCGGGCAUGUUCACCUACAAGGUGUUUCUAUACCUUGUGCGAUCUUUUUGGGACAACCUGGACCAUCCCAAGCCUGAAUUUGAGGAAAGGAACCUGAACAUCAAGGAAAGAGGAGGAAAAAAAAAAAAAAAGGACACCCACAUUCAAAAUAAUUCCAGGGUUUGCUUUGCCUCCUGCAGUCUGGCCUGUGCACUUCUCCGCUGGCAAGGUGGAGGUGUGAAUGGCAAAAGCUACUCCUCGCUACCUUUCGCAAUCUGGGCCCAAAAAAACAGGUUGAGGGAGAUUGAAAGGAGCUGCCGCAAUCCACAACCUGGAAGGACCGAGGUUUUCUGGAGGAGGAACGCGUCAAAACGUUCUGCAUGCGAGGAGACGAAUCUUGAGGACCGGUGCCUUGCCAAGACCUGUAAAAUCCCCGCCAGCUCAACCAAGUAGAUGCUUUGGGUACCCGUGAGAUAGAGACGAGAGGAAAUCUUUAGAGCUGGGGAUUCGGCUGUCUUCUCCAAGCAUCUCAUGUGAUCUGGGGCUCCAAUCUGCCUGGGAAGUUCAGUUGAUAGCCCACCAACUCCAGCGCAGAUGAGUUACUAUGACGAGGAAGUCGCCAGGCUGCACCAUGCGGAGGAUUGCCACGAAAUGGGGUGUAUAUGCUCGAACCGGGAGACCCAUUUUAGCCACCCCGAGUAUCACGAUAAAGAUCUGUUGACUGAGGAUGACAUUUAUUGCUGCUCUUUAUCGAAAACGUUGUGCCAUACCUCCACCCCGGUCACCGUGGGUUUCUAUUCGCCCUGCGGAACUCGCAUUCACUCCCUACUGGACCAGAUCGCAGGAUGCAUGCUCAAAGAAUCCAUCCGAAGGGAGGAAGCCGAAUUCAAUAGGACUCACCAGAGGUCCCGAGUCCCGGAAGGAAUAAACUACCUGACCCUCCUGUGGUACAUCGUCUUCUACCAACCGGUCAUCACUGAGGUGCACCUCCGAAGGAAAACCAUCGAGUUCCUCUUCAUAAGAUUCAGCGCCUGGGAAUACGCAGGCAGCGACAAAUUAUGGGCUGGGUUGGUCACCACCCUGUGUGACCAUAUCCGCCACCACUUCGGUCCUCUUCCCCUCAGUUUCUACCACGUGGUGGGGAGCAGUCCGCAAUUCGCCUCAGGAUUCACCCAAGAAGAGUGGAGGCUUAAAAAGAAAACAUGUUGCGCCGCAGGAGGCCUUAUUGUGAUUCUGCUCGCUGGCGCAGGCCUGGGUACUAUCGCCCUCCUCGUACCAGAGAUAAGGGACGGCACAGUCUUGAAAUACCUCAGUGGCACCUUGGCUGCCAUUUCGGGUUCCGGCUUCGUCGUCGCCAUCAGUCCCGUGAUUAAGCACUUGAUCAUCAGCCAGAAGAAGAAGAUCGAGAGCAUGACCAGCGAUGAGAAGUUCACCAGCCACCUGGGUUUCAUGAGUGCGGUGAAGAGCGAGAUUGAGGUCCUCACCAGCUUUAUCUACUACAUGGAAAUCUUCGAACGUCGGAGAUUGAGGAUUGUCUUUGAGAUCACGUGCUUGGAUAUGUGCUACCCCGAACGGGUGGUUGGGGUGCUGAACGCCAUCAAUACGCUCCUUUCCGACAGGAAUGCCCCCUUCAUCUUCAUCCUGGUGGUUGACCCCUGCGUCAUCACUUCUUGCUUGGAGCAGGCGAGCACCAUGAAGGGAAUGGCGGACAACGGCUACCUAUACCUCAACCGCACCGUGACGCUUCCUUUCUCCAUCCCGGAAAUUGGCAUCAAGUCCAAGAUGCGUUGUUUGCACGAGGCCUUCCAGACUCGGGAAGAUCUGAUGUACGGCGUCAUCACAAGGAACAUGGAGUUGGGAGUGACCAAGUCCAAAGGGAACAGUGAAGCACUGGUGAGCUUAGAAGCGGUGGUUCAAGAAGACCAACACCAGAUCGAUACUAUAGCUGUGCAAUAUAUCCAUGAAGCUUUUCACUGCUUGCAUAAUGAACAAGAUUGCCUCUACCAUUAUAUCCCAGAUAGCAUUAUCCAGAUGAGGAGAAUUGUCAACACCAUCCCCAUUACGAUCAGGUUGAUGACGCAACAGCACCUGUUGAGGCACAGCCUCUGUCCCCGGGCAGUGGCCAGUUGGAUAGUUUUGGCCAACCAGUGGCCUUGUCGCUUGAGUUGGAUUCUCCAACGCAUGGAAGACAAGUUGCAGGGCAAACCACCCAACGAUUAUGAGAAGGAAUUGAUGUGGGACGUCUUUUUGGAGACGUGUCCUGAGCUGUUCUCCAAGCACAAGGAACUCCAGAACAUCAUGGCCUUGGAUGGAGACCCUGAACUUUUUGAGAAAUUCUUGUCCGGCGAUUUCCCCUUCACCGUUCAAGAAGGGAAGAAAUUGCUGAAAUAUACUGUGAAUUUAGAUCAUUCCAUAAGAUAUAAGAUGGGACAGUUGCAGGCUCUGGCGACUCUAGAGACCUACAGAAAAGCUGGAACAAAUUCAGAGAAGAGGGCUUAGACGACUUGGAUGCUGGGGUGAAAACAACCUAGCUGGGAAGAUGGGAGCAAGAAAGACAGAAAGCUGUAUAGAUCAAGAGCAGCACAUAUGGACUCUUUACCAUCUGUGGACUUCAACUCCCAGAAUUCCUGAGCCACCUGGCCCAGGAUUUCUGGGAGUAGAAGUCCAUAGGUUGGUAAAUAACUAUGGAGAUUUUUCAAUCAUCCAGAUCAUGGUUGUCCCAAAGGUGCCUUUUCCAAAAGGGCAAAUGGACUUUCUUGUUUUUUUUUUCUUUGAAAAGGUUUCACUUCUCAUCCGAGAAGCUUCCUUCAGUUCUACCUUAAGAACUGAACUUUAAGAGCUUCUUGGAUGAGAAACGAAAAGUUUUCAAAGGAAAAAACCCCACAAAAAUCCAGUUGCCUUUUGGAAAAGCACCUUGGGGGCAUAAAAGGGGCCAUAGUUGCCCACCUAUAGGACUAUAGAUAGUCCUACAUUUGCUACCAUUCAAACACCAUUUGAAGUUACAACCACCCUGAAAAAGUAAUUUACAACCCUGUCUUCAUUUAUGAUUGUGGCAUCUCCAUCGUCAUGUGAUCAAAAUUCAGGCGGUUGGCAAUUGGCACAUAUUUAUGACUGUUGCAUCAUUCUGGUGUCUUGUGAUGGCCGUUUGCAUCCUUUCCAGCUUUCAACAAAUCAACGGAGAAAGCUGGAUUCCCUUCAUCUCCACAUGAUUCACUUAAUUAGUUCACUUAAGUAAUUCGCUUAAUAAUAGUAGCAGGAAAAAAAUACAAAAUUGAGCGUGACUCACUUAAAAAAUUGCUGGGCUUAAUAAUGGAAAUUCUACUCCCAACGAUGGUCAUAAAUCAAGGAUUACCUGUACAUGCUGCUCUCAGAUUAAGUAUUAUAUUUAUGAACCGACAGGAUUGUCCCAAGGUUUUAAAAAAAAACAUAUUAUUGAUUAUAUUUUUGAUAUUUUACGAGCCAGGAAAAAAAUACACAUCGCAAAACGACAAAAGCUGCUGAACAAAAAAUACUAAUCCACAAUUGAUCGAGUGUUGUGGAUCGGGACUGGGGGAAGGACUCAACUCAAACCUACCUCACAAGGUUGUUGUUGUGGGGAGGGGGGGGGAAAGGGGAGACAUCCCCCUCUUUCAUUUGGAGUAUUGAGAGAACCCGGGCUAUCUAUCAGUUACAUAAUAAACAAUAAUUCACCUAG